AUUUGAGAGUCUGAAGAAGAAUUCAGCUUUGUUGGGACUUCAAGAUUUGAGUGAUGAUGAUCUUAGGUGUAUGGUUAAAGAAGGUGAUUUUGAUUGUGAUGGAGCUCUUAAUCAGAUGGAGUUUUGUGUGUUGAUGUUUAGAUUGAGUCCUUAGUUAAUGGAGGAGUCUCAGUUUAUGUUGGAUGAAGCUCUUCAUCAGGAGUUUGUAGAUUCUUGACUUUUUGUUCUAACAUUGCCUAUUUAGUUCUAAAGAUUGUAACUUGUUGUCUUUUAUACUUGCCUCUAAUGAAAACAUGUGUAAUACAUUGCAAAAACAAUUAUAGAAAGUGGUAUUAAUGGAGAAACUUCUUGUUUUAUCAGUUCUCCCUAUUGUCUAUUUGUCUCAACCAAUGAGUACUUUUUUCAUUUUUCCUAAUAAUUUAAUCAUAUUCAAGUAGUUGUUGCCUCUUAUGGCUUGAGUAAUUAGGUGGGGAUGAUUUGAUAGGCCAGUUGUGUGCACCCAAGGGUGUGGCCCAGUGGUCAAUGAAGUGGUCGAGAACCAUGAGGUCGAAAUCACAUCUGUCCUAGCCUUGAUGGAUAGAGUUACCCUUGGUGCUGAUGCUGGUGGACAGAGUUACGCGAGUUGUGUAAAGGAUUUUAGUUCUAAGCUGAAACCUUUUUAGAAUUUUGUGGCAAUACGCAUGAUGAGGAUAUGAAAUGAGCUUAAAUGAAGAACCGGGGAUUCAUACAGCCAACCCUAACUUGUUUGGGUUGAGGCGUAGUUGUUGUUGGUAUUGUGCAAUGUACAGCUCAAAAUCUCUCUUUAUUUCGAGUUUCGGUGCUUCUUUCUCUUAUGAGCAAUUAUAUGUAUUUCGAGUCAAUGACAAUUAUUUCUCAGCUUGUGGAAUAUAGGUAGAAUUGGAAUGAGGUUAGAGUCAAUGGGUCAAUAUCUCAUUAGUCACUAUCCAUGGAGGUAAAGACAAAGACUAAAGUUGUGGAAAUGUGAGGUUCUAGUGAAAAACUCGUUGCGUUGACGGACUAAUAGACAUGCCGGUCAAGAACAAAACUGCAAAAUCUUGUGGCUAUUCUCUCACCAAGAUGAGAAAAGGACCACAAGUUUUAUGAUAAAAUCCUUAUAAGUCAUACACUGAUAAUUCCUACAAGUUUUCUCAGCCUUUGAAUAGUCUUAGUUACAAGAAUGCAUCAAUUACUUUCAUUGAGUAAUCAUUAACAAUUCUGUUACUAUUUGAAUUUGUGUAUUUUGAUUGGGAAUAGACUUUAUUAAUCACUAUUCUUGUAAGCUGACAUUCCAGACCUAUGAAAGUUCUUUGGUUUAUUUCCUAUUGUGCUUAUUUACUCGGUUUACUGGGGAGAAUAUGUGCAAUGUCACAUAGUAUCGGUCAAUCUCAAUUUCUAAGUGAUGGUGAGAGCUUAGUUUCUGAAGGGGGAACAUUUGAACUUGGUUUCUUCAGUCCAGGCAGUUCAACACAUCGGUACUUGGGCAUAUGGUACAAGAAUAUUCCCGUCAGAACUGUCGUUUGGGUGGCAAACAGGAAAACCCCUAUUAAAGAUCGUACUGGAGUAUUCCUGAUAAACAGCACAGGUAGUAUCGUGGUUACCAGUAGGACUAGUGGAGUUAUUUGGUCAACAAAUUCAUUCAAGGAUGCUAAAGCUCCUGUUUUACAGCUUUUAGAUUCAGGGAAUCUUAUCCUAAGAGACGAGAAGGGUAGUAACUCGGAUGUUUAUCUGUGGCAGAGCUUUGAUUAUCCUUCUGAUACACUGUUACCUGGAAUGAAGCUUGGAUGGGAUUUACGAACGGGUCUUAGCAGACAGCUCUCUUCGUGGAGGAACUCAGAUGACCCUGCCCCUGGAGAACUAAGUAAUGGGAUAGAGCUUCAUGAAUUUCCCGAGGCAGUUGUUUGGAAGGGCUCCAGGAAGUACUUCCGUGGCGGUCCAUGGAAUGGAGAGCGAUUUAGUGGUGCUCCUGAUUUAAAGGUGAACCCGAUAUAUGAUUACAGCUUCAUCUCUAACAAAGAUGAAGUUUACUACACCUACCAGCUCAAGAACAAGUCAGUCUUUUCAAGGUUGAUCUUGAACGAUACAGCUUCUUCUCGGCAACGGUAUGUGUGGGUGGAAGCUAGUCUAGCCUGGAUGCUCUAUUCAUCAGUGCCACAUGAUUAUUGUGAUACUUAUGGUCUUUGUGGUGCAAAUACAGUUUGCGUAAUCACCGACUCACCUAUGUGUCAAUGCUUGGAUGGUUUUAAACCAAAAUCACCAGAUAGCUGGAACUCGAUGGACUGGUCGGAGGGAUGCAUUCUUAGCAAGCCAUUUAGCUGUCAGAAUAAGGAAGUCUUUGUUAAAUUUUCCGAGCUGAAACUACCAGAUACUACCAAAUCUUGGGUAAGUGAUACUAUGAAUCUUCAAGAAUGCAGGGAAGCAUGCUUCAAAAAUUGUUCAUGUAUGGCUUACUCAAACUCAGAUAUUAGAGGACGAGGAAGUGGAUGUGUCCUUUGGUUCAAUGAUCUGAUUGAUAUUCGGCAGGUUUCAAAUGGUGGCCAGGGUCUCUAUAUACGGAUUGAGGCGUCAAAACAAGCCGGAAGGCGUGUGGUUAAUGCAGUCUUAUAUAGUCUAAUCACCGUGGCUGUGCUUUUUGGGUUGGUUCUCUUCUGCUACUAUCUUUCUCGGAGGAAGACGAAGGUUAGAGGGAUAACCGGACAAGAUGAGUGGACCCGUGAAGAACCAAAAGAAGACCUAGACCUACCAUUUUUUGACUUGGCAACAAUGGCUAAUGCUACUGAUAACUUUUCGUUAAACAAUAAACUUGGUGAAGGAGGGUUUGGACCUGUUUACAAGGGAACACUAGCAGAUGGACAGGAAAUCGCUGUGAAGAGGCUUUCCAAGAGUUCUGGACAAGGAUUGAAUGAAUUCAAAAAUGAAGUAAAGCUGAUAGCAAAACUUCAGCACCGAAAUCUCGUAAAGCUCGUUGGUAGUUGUAUUGAUGGUGACGAGAAGAUGUUGAUCUACGAAUACAUGGCUAAUGGGAGCUUGGAUUCUUUUGUUUUUGAUCAAACAAGGUGGAAACAAUGUGGCUGGUCGAAAUUCUUCCAGAUCAUCGAUGGAAUUGCACGUGGUCUUCUCUACCUUCACCAGGAUUCAAGAUUGCGAAUUAUUCACCGCGAUCUAAAAGCAAGUAACGUAUUACUUGAUGCUGAGCUGAAUCCGAAGAUUUCAGACUUUGGUUUGGCUAGAACCUUUCAAGGAGAUCAGUGCGGAGACAGCACAGAAAGGGUCGUUGGAACUUUUGGCUAUAUGGCUCCGGAAUACGCACUCUAUGGUCUAUUUUCAGUAAAAUCUGAUGUCUUCAGUUUCGGUUUGCUGUUGCUGGAAAUAAUAAGCGGAAAGAAGAACAGAUGCUUCCUUCAUCCACAUAAUCAUCACGGUCUUAUAGAAUACGCAUGGAGAAUGUGGACAGAAGGAACACCCCUCGCGUUAGUUGAUUCCUCAUUAGAGGACUCAAGCUCUAUGUUGGAAAUAUCGCGGUGCAUUCAUGUAAGUCUGUUAUGCAUCCAGCAGAGUCCUGACGACAGACCAAACAUGUCAGCGGUGGUUCUGAUGUUGAAUGGAGAGAGUACACUCCCACAGCCAAAACAACCCGGUUUCCUGAGAGACGUGAUACCAUCUGAAAUUAUUACUACUUUACGGUCUGAGUAUGACUCCUGCACUGCGAAUGAGAUUACAUUUUCCUCGUUUGGAGCUCGUUUGGAUACUACUACAACUUCAAGAAAAUCCAACUUCAAUGAUUUGUUGCCACUUAUGGCUGAAAAACUAGGUGGGGUUGGUUUGAUUGAUGAGUUAUGCAAAGGGUUUGAGUUAUUAAUGGAUAGGAAUAAAGGGGUCAUUACAUUUGAGAGUUUGCCGAAGAAUUCAGCUUUGUUGGGACUUCAAGAUUUGAGUGAUGAUGAUCUUAGGUAUAUGGUUAAAGAAGCUGAUUUUGAUGGGAGAACAUGUGCAGGAUCCGUUAGCCUCCGUCAAUCUCAAUCUCUAAAUGAUGGUGAGAGCUUAAGUUCUGAAGUGGGAACGUUUGAGCUUGGUUUCAUUAGUCCAGGAAGUUCGAAAGAUCGAUUCUUGGGCAUUUGGUAUAAGAAUAUCCCUGUAAGGACUGUUGUUUGGGUGGCAAACAGGAACACACCGAUUAGAGAUCGUACUGGAGAAUUGACGAUUAACAGCACGGGCAGUGUUGUGGUUACCAGUAGGAUUAGUGGUGAUAUUUGGUCGACAAGUUCAUUCACGAAUGCUAAAGCUCCUGUUUUACAGCUUUUAGAUUCGGGGAAUCUUAUCCUAAGAGACGAGAAGGGCAGUAACUCGGAUUUUGGUUGGGAUUUACGAACGGGUCUUAAUAGACAGCUCUCUUCGUGGAGGAACUCAGAUGACCCCUCCCCCGGAGAACUAAGUAACGGGAUAGAGCUCCAUGAGUAUCCUCAGGCGGUUAUAUGGAAGGGCUCCAGAAAGUACUUCCGCGGUGGUCCAUGGACUGGAGAUAAAUCUAGUGGUGCUCCUGAAUUGAGGGUGAAUCCGGUAUUCGAUUACAGCUUUAUAUCUAACAAAAAUGAAGUUUACUACAUAUACCAACUGAAGAACAAGUCUGUCAUUUCAAGGUUGUUCUUGAAUGAUACAAGUUCUUCCCGACAGCGAUAUGUGUGGGUUGAAGCUGAUCAAGCCUGGAGGCUAUAUGCAUCAGUGCCACGUGAUUAUUGCGACACUUACAGCCUUUGUGGUGCGAAUGGAGUUUGUGUAAUGAGUGACUCCCCUGUUUGUCAAUGCUUGGAAGGUUUUAAACCGAAAUCAUCGGAAAGGUGGAAGUUGAAGGACUGGUCUCAAGGAUGCAUGCUCAGCAAGCCAUUGAACUGCCAGAAUAAGGAUGUAUUCAUCAAAUUUUCUCACCUGAAAUUACCGGAUACUGUCAACUCUGGGGUAGACGGUACUAUGAGUAUUAAAGAUUGCAGGGAAGCAUGCUUGAAAAAUUGUUCGUGUAUGGCUUACUCAAACUCAAAUAUUAGAGGACAAGAAAUUGGAUGUGUCCUUUGGUUCGGUGAUCUGAUUGAUAUUCGGCAGAUUCCAAAUGGUGGUCAGGACUUGUAUAUACGGAUUGAGGCUUCAGGACAAGGUGCUUCUCUAAAAGGCUUGUGGUUAAAGCAUUGGCUUGUGGUUAAAGCAUUCUCAGUUAGUCUAAUCACAGUGGCCGUGCUUUCUGUGUUGGUUUUCUUGUGCUACUAUCUUUCUCGGAGGAAGAAGAAGGAUAAAGGUAUAGGUGGACAAGAUUGCACCAGUACUGAAGGCCCAAAAGGGGACCUAGAGCUACCGUUCUUCGACUUAGCAACUGUAGCUCAUGCUACUGAUAAUUUCUCAGUAAACAAGCAGCUCGGUGAAGGAGGAUUUGGACCUGUUUACAAGGGAACACCAGAAGAUGGACAGCAAAUCGCUGUGAAGAGGCUUUCGAAGAGUUCUGGACAAGGACUGAAUGAAUUAAAAAAUGAAGUAAAACUGAUAGCUAAACUUCAGCACCGGAAUCUUGUAAAGCUCAUUGGAAGUUGUAUCGACGAUGAAGAAAAGAUGUUGAUCUACAAAUACAUGGCUAACGGGAGCUUGGACUCUCUCGUUUUUGAUCAAACAAGGCGGAAACAAUUAGGCUGGUCGAAAUUCUUCCAGAUCAUUGGCGAAAUUGCACGUGGUCUUCUCUACCUUCACCAGGAUUCAAGAUUGCGAAUUAUUCACCGAGACCUGAAAUCAAGUAACGUAUUACUUGACGCUGAGCUGAAUCCAAAGAUUUCAGACUUCGGUUUGGCUAGAACCUUUCAAGGAGAUCAGUGUGGAGACAACACAAAAAGAAUCGUUGGAACUUAUGGCUAUAUGGCACCGGAAUAUGGGCUUUACGGUCUAUUUUCAGUAAAAUCUGACGUCUUCAGCUUUGGCGUGCUAUUGUUGGAGAUAGUAACCGGACAGAAGAACGGAUGCUUCCAUCAUCCACACCAACAUCACAAUCUUAUAGGAUACGCAUGGAGAAUGUGGAUGGAUGAAGGGAGACCCCUCGAGUUAGCUGAUGAUUCCUCCUCAUUUGAGGACUCGAGUUCUAUGUUGGAAAUAUCGCGGUGCAUUCAUGUAAGUCUGUUAUGCGUCCAGCAGCGUCCGGAAGACAGACCGAAUAUGUCAGCUGUGGUGCUGAUGUUGAAUGGAGAGAGUUCACUACCACAGCCGAAACAGCCCGGGUUUCUGAUAGAUAUGAUACCAACUGAGUUUACUAGUAGCAGGCCUGAUUCUUGCACUGCAAAUCAAAUUACUUUUUCGUCUUUUGAGGCGCGUUAAGCUGACCGCUAGGCUUAAAUGAAGCAACAUGCUCGGUGAGGAUUCAUAUAACCGAUCUCUACUUACUCGGACUGGCGCGUCGUAGCUGCUUGUUGUUCUUGGUUUUCAUUGUGCAUUUGUCCAGUUAUGUUACACAGGAAUAUUUGAAAGUCAUGUCUAACUUACCUAAGUUUCUCAGACUCCUCCAAAAUGUCAUGGGGUGCGGGUCGGAUCCUUCGAAAGUAGUACAUUUUGGAGAGUCCGAGCAACUUAGAAACUUACUAGUCAUUUCUUGGUAAGUCGGUUUUCCCUGUCGAGGGGAACCUUGACGUAACUGGUAAAGUUGUUGUCAUGUGAGUAACAGGUAUGCGGUGGAAACAACCUCUUACGGAAAUGCAGUGUGAGAUUGCGUACGAUAAACUCUUACGAUUCGGCCUUUUCCUGAACUCCAUAUAUAGCAGAAGCUUUAGUACAUCAAGCUGACGUUUUAGGUUUUUACUGUUAUAGUUUCAAGAAAAUGAAAUAUUAAUUC